AUGUAUAUAGACGCGUUCAAACGGAUCCUCUUUGAAAGGCUGAACUGCUUGAAAAGAAUGUGUGUGUGUCAGCGACAAGGCAGCUCAUUUGCCAUGUCUAAGACAGCGGUGAAGAAGCUGCACUGGCGUUCCAAGGUGCUGGACAGCUUUGUCCCCUUGCUAGGCUCGUCAGGGGAGCUGGGGAUCGCCAUUGGUGGAGGAGCAGAUUAUGGAGAGUUUCCUUUCGUCACGUCAGCUCCAGGGGGUGGACUCACAGUGGGUGAUAUCAUCCUAGAGAUUGGGGGAACACCUGUAUUAGGAAUGACUUUAGGAGAUGUCCGGGGUGUCCUCAACUCCUGCCCCCAUCCUAUCCGCAUCAAAACUGUGUCACCAGGCUCCACAUUGUGCAAGGAUCUCAGGUUGUAUCUGAGUAAGUGCUUCACACCCGGCUCAGUGGACAGCCAACUUCAGCAGGUCAUCCGAGAGAACCUCUACCUCCGUGCUGUACCUUGUACAACCAGACAGCCCAGAGAUGGGGAAAUCUCAGGAGUAGACUACAAUUUUGUCUCCAUUGAGGAGUUCUUCUCUUUGGAGGAGUCAGGAGCGCUGCUUGAAAGUGGAAAGUUCAAAGGGAAUUACUACGGCACACCUCGGCCCGUUCACAUCAGUGCAGAGAGCCCCCCCAUAACCUAUCAGGAACAUCGAAACCUGCUCAGAAACUUCCGCACACGCAGCAAAUCGCUCAGCAACCUGGAGAAGGCUGCAGAAGACGGAGAGAACAGCGAGGAUGACUCAGGAGGCUCUGCAGGUGUCAGCGGCAGCAUCCAUCCCAGCUACCGGUCCCCGGGUCGCCCCAGGGCAUUCAGUGGAGGGGAUGGACGCUCCAUAGAGAACGGUGUAAUUGGCAGUAGAGGUGGCGCUAGGGUGAGAGGUGUGAUGCCUGAUCACUGGGAGCAGGCCUACAGUGACACAGAGUCUCAAUACAUAGAUCACAACCCAAAAAGAACCAGCUGGCAGAGUCCUCGAGCUUCAAGCAGGGAGACUGUCUACAAAAAUGAAUGGUUCACAGACCAGCCUGAAGACCUCAGGGGUUUCCCUCUGAACACACAUUUGACCAAGGGCUCCAGAGGGUUUGGAUUCAAUAUUGUGGGGGGCAGCAGGCCAAGAGAGUUCCUCCAGGUGUACAGUGUGACUGCAAGCGGACCCUCGGCACUCAAGACAGCGGACAUCCUGGUGUACAUCAAUGACGCCUGUGUGUUAGGAGUGUCUCACAAAGAGGUGGUCGAGAUGCUUAAGUCAGUGCCUGUGGGCCACAGUGUGGAUGUAGAGGUUAGAAGAGGGUAUCCAAUGCUUUACAACCCCGACGGUUGUCCCAAGCAGCCUGCGCCAAGGCUACUGGACAGCGGGGAGCCCAUCCUACCACCCACCACCUCCCAGCCUCAGCCUCUUCACCAGCUACCUCGCCUCCCAACACCGACUCCCCAGACCCAGCACUUUAACUUUAACGGGGUCUACAAUGACGGGAGCUACAUGGAGCCAGGAGUGACUUUAGAUACUAACGGAAAUGCCACGUCUUUUGCUACCAGACAGCCAUACUCCUACAGGCGCUCCAGUAUGAGCAACACUGCCUCCUCCUCCUCCCCUGCACGUCCGCCUCGCUCCCUGAGAAGUUUAGCCAGGCUGCAGUCGCUCGACCCGACAUUGGCCAGCCAGAGUGACAGCGAAGUUGUUUCUGCCAUCGGUUCACACAGGGCUUCAAUGAUCCGUAAUCACAACAAUAACUCCCUCUCCACACCCCCUCAUCCGUUACGUUAUGGAACGUCCAAGUCAUCUGAGAGCGACCUGUCCACUUGCACCCUGUCGGGGUCUCGACUGCCCCUGCCUCAGUCCCCGCGAAGGCCCUCAUCUUCCCCUGGUGGUCCCCGUAGCGCUCACUCCCACCUCUUCAGACCACAGACAUCCCACCUCAGACCUCAUCAGACACCUAACAGCCCCCACCACCGUGGCUUCAAUGGUUUCCAUGGCAACACCAGCCCCACUGCAAGUCCUAGCAGUGUAUCCUCUCCUGGGGCCAUAAGUGUGGGCAGUGGAGCUGGUGGUUUCAGCGGCGGGGAGCUGGUGCCAGUGGCCUUGGCUCAGUGUGAAGGCGACAGAGGUCUCGGCUUCAGCGUGACGGCCGGCGGUCCGGGAGGCAGCAUGACAAUAGUGAAAAGAGUCUGGGACAGGAGGCAGUGCAACUCCCUGCAGCCAGGGGAUGCUGUUGUCAAAAUCAAUGGAGCUGAUAUCCAGAGUCUCAGUUUUGCACAGGUACAAACUGUUCUCCAAGAGCACACCAAACAGGGAGAAGUCGUCUUGUUGGUUUACAGAGGAGGCGUCUAUCACUCAACCAUCUCCCCCGGCUCUAUUCGGAGACUCCCCCCUCCUCUACUCCGCCCUCCUCCCCCACCUAUUGGCUCAGACAACUCCUCCAUCCUCCCAGAGUUAUUACCUCUGCCCCGUACUUCCAUGAGCACCCCUCCGUCCCCUGUUCCGACGCGUUCCUCGCUGAUCCAGAGCACCAGUUUCUUGGAGUCGAUUCCAGUGACCCUAACCAUGGAGCCCAAAGACUGGAUCAACACAGGCCUGGAGGACGACGCGGGUGGUGUCGCAGAGCCUGAUUCGGGUCUGGAAAGGCAGAGUGGUGAACAAACUCGGCCGUUCCGAGGGUUUGAAGUGGAGCUGAGGAGAAAGCCAGGAGAGGGGUUUGGGUUCGUCAUUGCCUCUCAGGAUGUGGAGAAUGGCAAAGCUAAUCAAAGAGCCAUGCUGGAGAGACUGCAGUCCGCUUUGAAAACUGUGAAGGAGUCUAAACCUGCUUCUCUUCUCCCUCAUCGAUUUGUGACUGUCCGUCGAGGCAGCCCAGCGGCCAAGAGCGGUCAGAUCCGCCCUGGAGAUCGAUUAGAGGCAGUAGAAGGGCGCUCAGUGGUGACACUGCCUCAUCGGGAGCUUGCUCAGAUCCUUCGCCGAGCGGGAAAUACUUUACGCCUCACUAUCAUCCCCCGUCCAAGCACCUACUCUUCAAGCCUUUCAGAAUCCACUGAGUAUGACCCCGCUCACAGAAGCAGAAAGGGUCAGAGGUCACGUCCAAAGCGUGACUCCAGGUAUUACAGCGUCGACCUGGAUCGUGGCCCCUCAGGCUUCGGCUUCAGCCUCCGAGGGGGCAGUGAAUACAACAUGGGCCUCUACGUCUUGGCACUGAUGGAGGGAGGGCCAGCCUCACGAAGCCAAAGAAUGCAGGUGAGCGAUCAGCUUGUGGAGAUCAAUGGAGACAGCACAGCAGGGAUGACCCACAGCCAAGCGGUCGAGCAGAUCCGCAGAGGAGGUCACCGAAUCCACCUGGUGCUCAAGAGAGGAAAUGGCUACGUGCCUGACUAUGUGGAGCUCUCCAGUUUGUCUCUAUGUAUGACCAACUCCAAGCUAGGCGAGCCUUGCUUCUAUGUCAUUGGACGGACAGAGAAUACGCGGUUGGUAAUGGUUCCUGCCGUGAGCACAGAAUCACCUCCCCCUCCUUCCUGCAUCACACCAAGGAGCAGGGUUUGGCUGCAGUAG